AUGCAGGGUGCCCUCCUUUCUUUUGGCCUGCUGGCCUCCACAGCAUUCAGCUUCGUCGCCGCCGACGGCCUGAAGAUCGACAAGACGCUCGAGGUCGAGUGCGAGCGCAAGACCGUCAAGGGCGACCGCAUCAGUGUACACUACCGCGGCAGCCUGCAAGACGGCGGCAAGGAGUUCGAUGCCAGCUACAACCGCGGCCAGCCCUUCAACGUCAAGAUUGGCGCCGGUCAGGUCAUCAAGGGCUGGGAGGAGGGUCUUCUGGACAUGUGCAUUGGCGAGAAGAGGACGCUGACCAUCCCCUCUGACAUGGGCUACGGUCCCCGCGGCAUGGGUCCCAUUCCCGGCGGCGCGACGCUGAUCUUCGAGACGGAGCUCAUGGGCAUCGAAGGCGUUGAGAAGCCCGAGAAGAUCGUUGUCAAGCUGCCCAAGGAGGAGGAAGCCAAGGAGGAGGUGAAGGAGAAGGCUGAGGAGGCGGCCGAAGGGAUCGCCCAGAAGGUGGCCAGCGUCGUUGGCGAGGCGGCCGAGGCUGUUAAGACGGUUGUCGCUGACGGUACCGACGACAACCAGGAGCACAACGAGCUGUAA